CACCUGCAGACAUCUCUAGUCGAUUAAAACAGAUACCAUUCAUCCAGAAAAUCAUCUUGCUUUCUACUUAGAUUAUAAAGAUAGAAUCUAAUUGAAUUCAUACCUUCAUUAGUAUCUCUCCCCUCCACCAUGUCGACCACCACCAGGAAAGCCCUCCUCCUCGGCGCCGGCUUCGUCUGCGAGCCCGUCAUCCAAGCCCUCUCUGAAGCAGGCGUUCACGUCACUGUCGCCUGUCGCACUCUGCAGAGUGCUCAUGCUCUAGCCAGUAACUACAAAAACACUACAGCCAUCGCCCUCGACGUUUCCCGCGACGCUGCGGGCCUGAACGACGCCAUCACCAACACAGACAUCAUCAUCUCCCUCAUACCCUACAUCUACCACGCCACAGUCGUGGAGGCCGCUAUCACGCAUCGCAAACCCGUCGUCACAACCAGCUACAUCUCCCCCGCACUAUGGGCGCUCGAUGAAAAAGCCAAAUCCGCAGGAGUGACAGUGCUCAACGAAAUCGGUCUAGAUCCGGGCAUCGACCACCUGUACGCUGUCAAGACAAUCGACGAGGUGCAUCGCGCAGGAGGGCAGAUCCGAUCGUUUACAAGCUGGUGUGGUGCGCUUCCUGCUCCUGACAAUGCGGAUAACCCGCUGGGGUAUAAGUUCUCGUGGAGUCCGCGGGGUGGUCUUCUUGCAUUGUUGAAUUCGGCACAGUGGUACAAGGAUGGGGAGCUGGCUACGGUGGAAGGGAAGGACUUGAUGGCUGCUUCAGAGCCACAGAGUAUAGUUGACGGCUUUGAUAACCUGGUCGGAUAUCCGAAUCGGGACGCGGUUGGGUUCCGUGAUUUCUAUCGUAUUCCUGAGGCGGGCACUGUGUUUCGCGGGACUCUGCGCUAUGCUGGGUUUCCGGAGAUUAUUCGUGCCCUGGUGGCUAUUGGGUACUUUUCGCAGGAUGAGAUGUCCGCAUUGAGCAGCACAGCAUCCUCCUCUGUUACUUGGCUGCAGUUGACUGCACAAGUGCUGGGUCUGUCGGCCGAAACCUCCGAAGGAACUGUACAGGAUGCUGUUGCGAAGAGGGUAGCUUCUUUCCUGUCGACCGAAGAAGUCAGUCGUGUGAUCACUGGUCUUCGUUGGAUUGGCUUAUUCGAUGCGAGUGCUGUGGAUGGGCGUGGUACGCCUCUUAACACACUGUGUGCGGUAUUGGAGCGGCGGAUGGCCUACGAGCCAGGCGAGAGGGACAUGAUCAUUCUGCAACAUGCGUUUGACAUUGAGUAUGCGGAUGGGUCAAAGGAAAAGAGAACGAGCACGCUUGUUGAAUACGGAGAGCCAAUUGCCCCCGGGUCGCGCAGUGCUAUGGCGAAACUGGUGGGAUUGCCUUGUGCAGUGGGCAUACUGGCAGUAAUGGAGGGUCGGAUUUCGCAGAAGGGAAUGGUGGCACCGUGGACGACAGUAGAGAUAGCGCGUUUGCUGCGUGAGGAACUUAAUGAGCGGUUUGGAAUCAAGUUGGAGGAGAGGGUGGUCGGAUAGUUUUGAAUUUGAUUCGCUGAUGUGCGACAGCUAGCAGACUCCGUCUCUAGGGUUGAUCACAAAUGCGAUACUGGGACCGAGCAGCAAAGUAUCUAAACAGGGUGAUUGUCAGUAAUUGACCUACAUUGAGCUGUUUUCUACAUGAACAUUCGUCUAUGCGCAAGGGCUGCAGGCACGAUAAACUGUGUAAACUGUGCUGUCAGUUCAUUCUCCCAACAGUAAAAGGAAGCAUCCAGUGUAACAUAUAGCGUUUUGACAGACUGGUCAAUUGGAAGGCCGAGUUCACUGCGAUCAUGAUUUUUAACCCGCGAGAUCAACAUGAUCAGCCGUCGCGAAAAAAUGGCACUGACUGUGAUCCCGCGGGCUUAUCUCAAGCCUUGGAAGGCUUGUGCUUUUCUUCCCGCCGGGCUCGGGCAACAACCCGACCCGGGGGGUGGAAUCAACGCCCCCAAGCUU